AUGGACUUGCAAGAGUUGGUCGUGGAGAGCCUCCUGCGUCCGUUCUUCUCGCACCAGUUGGUCGAGUUUGAAUGUGCGCUCUAUGAUUUCGCAAGGGCAGAUGUGCAUAAUCAGUUCUUCGACAGUCACUUGCAGUUGAUAGUGGACUCGCAAACAGCUCUGUUUCAUGCAAUGCUCCGCCUCUCACUAGUAUCAUGGAGAUGGUUUACACGCCUAUCGCGACUCUUCAGCAAUCACGUCUCGAUAUCAGUGUCGCCACACGGCAGCGGUGCCCCAGAGUGCACUCUCUACCUCUCCCAACCAUUCCAGAUGCAUCACAUCUAUCACACGAUGUGGAGCUUUCGGCCUCGUUUCGCCAUCCCGUCAUCCCUGGUGCGCGCCUCUGUGCCGCACAAUCUGUACUCACUAUUCCAGCCAUCCUAUACCAAUCGCAUCUCACUUGUGCUCAGACAGGAACACAGCGACAUCCCGACACUCCUCGGUCUCUUCCCCAACGUCGCACGCGUCGAUGUCUACGCCCUCUACCCCUGCAUUGAGUCUGCCAGUCGCUACAUCAAACAGCUCAGCUCCCCACCCAUGGCGACACUCACCGCAUUCUUUGACUGGGCAUCGCAAUACUCGAUCUUGGAGGAGUGGAAUUGGCAGCAGAUACCGACACCGACACAUCACAAUGGCCGUCGGCAAUUGGACGGCUCAUCUCUGUAUGGCCACACCCAUCUCGUCCUUCCGAGUUGCUGCGCAGCCAUCCCGUCAUAUGCACAGAAUGCCUGCCAAUCUGCAUCACAGGUCUCAAUCACAUUGAUCGAGCACCACGAGAGCCCAUUCGAAGAAUACAUGCGACACCAUUUACCCGGUCUGCUGCCGGACAUUGCGAGCAUUGGCGCAUUCCUGCAAGAAGUGGACCUUGGCGAUCAUGCCGUGUCUCCAGCGCUGCUCGCCAACAUUGUCAGAGGCGCCAUCAACAUCAAGUCAAUCGUUGUCAAACUGGCCUUUGACGAGCAGCAGGAGGACCAGGCGCGCGAGCCUCAAUACUGGGAGAUGUGUAGUGCUCUGGCGACGUCGCCACAUCUCGCCAAGCUGGCACUAUCCCUACGUGUGCAGUUGGUCCAUGGAACCGACCCCGAUGAUACACUGCUGCCCAAGGGCUUCUACAAACUGCAAUCGAUCAACUCUUUCAAAGGAGCUGGGCCAUCGGUCAUCCAUUCGCACUCUGCUUCUUUCGAGACCCAUCACACAGACAUUCACCUCUCUCUCUGCGUUGCAGAGUCUGCUCAGGGCCACGCAGACACUUCGUUCUCUAUUCACAUCCUUUACGAGUACGAUGUGGAGGAUGUCAUCCUGGCCGCACUCUCCAACGACAAUUCAAUCGAUCACUUCAAACUCACUGGCCCUGGAGAUAUGAAUUGGAAGGAGGGCGGGAAGCAUCGGUGUAUUGCUGCCAUCAAGGCAAACGAUCACAUCCAAUCGCUGGAAUGCGACGUGCUUGGCCGUGACUACAUCAAGGCGAGGCAAUUUCCAUCGAUCCAACGGAUGGACUACUCAUUCUUCCUCUAG